GUUGGCCUACACAGAAAUUAUUGACCUUCAAGUUCAAUUCAUGACCUUUCCUUAGAUUAGAAUAUAGGCCAUUUUUUCAGAUACGCUGGUACCACGUCGGAACGGCAAAACAAACUACUUUUACAAUAGAUCGUCACGGUAAACGAAGCCAGACAAUGGCUCGAGGCAUUGUGAGUGAAUCAUUGUCUGGCAUCUAUCUGAUGCUUAACCAAUGAUGUGCAGCUGUUUUUGUGACAAAAUCGCAUCCAAGUUCCAUUCUAAAAUAUCCUAAUGACAACCCAAGCAAAUAAAUUCCUGACGAUGGCAGUGGACUUCAAGGAAGAGAAUGGAAAAGAGUAUGCCGAGAUUAAAAUGCCAGGAUUUUCAUUUACAGACUUUGAUAGAACAGGUAAACUGGGACUGCAGUCUCUUAUGGAGUCAUGUGAAGGGUUCUGUACAGCUAAAGCAGCUGUGUUGAAGUGUCCUGAUCCUUGGAGGGUCGCUCAAGAAGGGUUACUCUGGUUCGAGAUGAAUUGGAACUGUCGGUUUGAAGAACGCUUCUUCCAACUCCACAGAAAAGAAGUUAUGGCACCUCUGAUUAUUAAAUCGUACAAUGGAAAGAUCGGUCGGACAUCAUUCAUCAUGAUAAAUGAUGUCUUUGAUGUGGAUCGAGGAAGUAAAAUAAUGACAUCUAACAACUGGUUCUGUAUGGUGGAUAAAGAUUCUUACCAACCAAAAGAACUGCCUGAUUGGUUCAGGGAAGCAAUACAGAAACAUCAGACAGAUUGCAGCCAAGAGAGAUUUUCUCCACAGGAGCCCCCAAGUGGGGCAUUUUUGUACCAAAGAAAUGUUGCCCCAUGGAAUCUACAGAAAAUAUUUGCUGGAGUCCGAAAGGUUGCCCUUGACAUGAUAAACCCCAACACCAACGAGCCUUUUCUGCAAAUAAGCAAAUUUUGGAAGGAACACUUUGUGUUCUAUGUAUCUUGCUCAAUUGACUGGGAAAGGGAUUUCUACACUAAAGGGAACUUGUUGAGUAACCUAAGACAGGUCAUACUUCCAGGGUAUGUUGGGACAUCGUCAUAUAACUCUUUGAAUAAGAUGUACCACCAGUCCUCGGGAAAGUUAUUAGCUUCCUCAGUCAGCCAGUUAGUGUUAGUGAGUCGACAGACUCGGAAACCUGUUGCAUUGCCUGAAUGGUGGAGGGAACUGUACAAAGGCAUGAUGCCAGAGGUGGACUCGCUCCAAAUCAAAAUCCUGGAGACGCCAGGACAUACGAUAUGCUAUCCACUGCGAGUAUCGUGGAGUGAUGCUGAUGGGUACCGCCAUACUAACAUGUCGGUUUACAUCCGCUUCUGCAUGGAUGCUGCGGCUACUGCGUCUCUUGGUGGAAAGUAUAAGAAUUUCUCCGGUGACAUUGCGAAUAUUCCAAUGAAAAGAAUUGUCUCUGUGUAUAAGGGUGAAAGCCGGCCUGGUGAUGACUUAAUUGUCAAAUCAUGGGAACAGGAUGGAAGAGAUGACACGAUUCACUUCCAGAUAUUUCAAGGUGAUCAGCUGUUGUUUCAGACGACUGCUCUGUAUUUCCGUGACAUGCCGCUUAUUAAACCAGGUAUCGAUGAUGGUAUGGAACACGAACCGAAAGUAAAUCCAAUUUAUCCAAAAGAUCACUUUCACUCGAAAUACUAGACCAGUUCAAAUUGUCCAAUGUAAAAUUUGUGGUCAAAUCUCUUUUGGGACUAAACAAAUGUUGUUACACACAGAAAGGGGUCUCCUGAUUACAGAGAUCAAAUUCUAAUCACUGCUUAUUACUUUUAAUCAAUAAUAAUCUUUCUACUGUAUCGAGUUGCCAUCAAAUGUGCAAGGAUUUUAUUCAGUAAUUAUGCAUUUAAAUUAUGAAAUAAAUCAUUGUUUAUACUCUGUUGAGGGGUU